CAACAGUACGUGUUAUGCUUGCGUGUACCAAAUAUUAAAAUGAGGCCCAUUAUAACUACUGGUGCCGAACCUGGCAGGGGCGAUCUGAUGAAAGGACAAAGCUUGGCGCCUGCUGUCGAAGAGCUGUGGCAAACGUGGGAGAUCCACAGCAUGAUCCUCGUCGGCCUGUUCCUGCAAGUCUUCCUCUUCCUCUUUUCGGGCAAACGGAUGCGUAGCAACAAGACCCUGGGGCACAUUGUUUUGUGGCUUGCCUACUUAUCAGCCGACUCAGUGGCCACCUUCGUGCUGGGCCACCUCGCGGUCCGCGCGAUCGAGCCGAGCGACCAGGGGCUCAUGUCCUUCUGGGCGCCGUUCGCGCUCGUCCACCUGGGCGGGCAGGAGACCAUGACGGCCUUCUCCAUGCAGGACAACGAGCUGUGGAAGCGGCACCUACUGAACCUGGUCAUCCAGGCAGCAGUCGCCGGCUACGUCGUGGGCAAGGCCUCUUGGCCGGACCGCCGGCUCAAGAUGGCGUUGGUUCUCGUGUUCGUCUCUGGGUUCUGCAAGUACGCGUUGCGUACUAUGUACCUCUACCUUGCGAGACCAAAUUUUCUGAAGAGCAAAUUUGCAUGGAAGCUAUACGGGCAAGGCAAAACUUCUUAUGAGGACAACAGGGAAAGAGCCAUAAAUGACAUGGAGGGAGUUCUUUAUGGGUCGUUGUGCAAAGGCAGUACAGAGCGUCCACUGUUCAGGGAGUCCUUCAGUCUCACAACUGACAUCAUGGCAGGGGAUGCUCCCCUCAAUACAGUGCGGAGCAUCACCUUAGCAGAGACUGGGAAGCUACCAGGCAUGCUCGACAAGUUCCUGUCUCGUGAUGACCACCACAACGCCUACGAGUACGUGGGAACACUUCUGGCACAGUGCUACUCGCGACUCUACACCAAAGGUUUUGUUCGAGAGCAGUUGGCGGGUUUCACACUGUGUCAGCGCAAGGAGGGACCCACUACAUCAUUUGGAUCUUUAAAAUCUUUGCGUACCCGGACUAUAAUCUUUGAAAUCUACUUUUCGGGCAGCCUCUUCCCCUAUGUCGCAAUGCCGAUAGCCCUGGUGCUCUUCGCGACCGCCGAAAAGGGGGACCCACUACUCCAUAGUAGCAGAGGCAGAGUUGAUAUCAUGGUGUCCUACCUACUGCUUGUGGGAGCAAUAGUACUAGAUGUGUCAUCUGUUGUCAGCUUCUUUUUCUCCCGCUUCAGUUCCAAAUGCUGCUCCAAGAAGAAACUGUGGUCCCAAAAGCUCAACCAAUACAACAUGAUCAAUAGUGCAGAGGUAUCCAACAAGUUUGUUAGAUAUAUAUGGGAAAAGUGUGGCUACGAACAUGAUGCAGACCUCAGUAUGCCCAUCAAGAAGUUCAUCCUCGACACUUUGUUAGUCUCGGGAACAAGAAAAGAAUGGAACAUUGCCAGCACCCGUGGCCAGCUAGCGCUUCAUCACCGCAAGGCGACGACAAGCACACUAAGAGCACUUGAGGAGAGCGUCAGAACCGGUGUUGAUUUCCCAAGAAGCGUGCUCAUAUGGCACAUUGCAACAGACAUCUGCUUUCGUUACUCCGGCGACAAGGACGCCGCCACCACUUAUUCUGCUGAUGGAUUAUUGAAGAAGCAUUGCUAUAAGCAGAUGAGCAAAGAGCUAUCAAACUACAUCAUGUACCUUGUCUUCAAGUGCGGUGUGAUGCUUACUACCUACUCCCAUGUUGUACAUGACGAAACCCUAUAUGAAAUUGCAAAAAAGCUAUCACCGUAUCGAGGAAAUUGUGUUAAUCCAGGUGAUCUCAAGGAUGCUGUCAUCACGAAGGUUCUUCUUUCUGAAGAAAUCAAGAUGGAGCGUGAAGAAUCAAAGGAACAAGUUGAAAUAAGCAAGGUCGAGCAUGAAGGAGAAUCCAACGAGGAGGAAGAACGAGAUGAAAUUGUCCAGUUAGAGCAUGAAGAAUCGGCCAACGAUGACAAUAACGACGCAGCUGCCGAGGAUCACAUGAAGAAACUCUGUCAGAGUGCUGAAGCUCUAUAUUCUUCUCCAGUGCUGCCCCGUGCACGUGAGGUGGCCCAGGAGCUGAUUAGCAUCAAGGAUGAAGCUGAGCGCUGGGACCUCAUUGCCGCGGUGUGGGCGGAGAUGCUUUACUACACCGCGCCACGUUGCGGGGCUGCUUUCCACGCCGAGCAUCUAGCCAAGGGUGGUGAGUUCGUCACUCAUGUUUUCGUUCUCAUGUAUUUGCUUGGUCCUUUCCUGCCACCCCCUGGUGCUUGACCUCCUGCACCUACUACUACAUGCGCCUUUUCCAGCAAUUAUUUCAUCAUCGUGUACUCUUAUGAUUGUAUCUUACUUCGAUCCGAACCAAGAAACUAGCUUUUGAGUGUGUGUGGGCGCUCGCGCACGCGUGCAGCUGCCUUUUACCAACAUAUAUGUAAUAAGUUUCCAAAUUCCAUCUGCUCCAGUAGGACGAUGGAAUAUAUAAACACCGAAUGGAACUUUUUUCAUGAAUUUCAUUGAA